AUGUCAGAGCUCACACAGCUUCCUGUGUCUGGAUCCAGCUUCAGGCGACUCACACAGUCGGACUCCUCCUCACUCCAAAGGUCCUGCUGCCUGAACACAAGAGACCGAGGAGUCCCGGCGACAGACGAGGAGGAACCAGGGAUGGGAGCGCAGGAGAAGAAGAAGAAGGGCGAAGAGGAGGAGGAGGUGGGGAAGAAACAGAAAAGCUCCAAAGAAGUUUAUUUCUCCGUCCUGCCGGAUAAAUACGAGCCUCUGAUCGAGGAGGAGGAGGAGGAGGAGACGCCGGAGGAGAGGAGGAAGAGGAAGGAGGAGAAGAAGAGGAAGAAGAAGAGGAAGUACAAGAAGUACAGAAAGAACGUUGGGAAGGCUCUACGCUUCAGCUGGCGCUGUCUGAUGAUCGGGCUACAGAACAUGGCGUCUGCUUACUCCACGCCGGUGGCUGCGGUGGUGGUCCCGGUGGUGAGGGGGGGCUAACAGGGGAGCAGCACCUGGCUCAAUGGGACUGUAAGGUGAUGGUGAGGCCCCUGGAGGUUCUGGGCCCCUGGUCGUGAGCCUGGUCCUUCCAUAGUCUGACCUUCAGACAAUAACCUGAUGAUCGUGACAACAGAGGAAAGAUGAAUGUUCUUUCAGUGGUUUAAUAAAAGUUGAACUUUUGCUUGUGAAGGUGGAGGAAUGUGUUUGUUUGUUUGAAAGAAAAACUUUAUACACAUUAUGUUGUUGUUUACGUUAAGUCUGUAUUAUAUUAUCAUAAUCUGACUAUGUAUUUGACAUUAUACAUACAUAUAUUUUAUUUCCGUGUCAUGUUUGUCCAGUAUAAUAUUUUUAUUAUAUAUGUAAGUGUAUUAUGUUUAUUGUAUACAUAAGUGUAUUAUAUGUUUAUUAUAUAUAUAUUAGUGAAUUAAAUGUUUUUAAUACACUAAUAUUCCAGCACAUUUAAUGUUUACCAUCAAUUUUAAAUCUUGUCAUCUUCAUUUUUUUUUACUUCGCUGCUUUGUAUGAAUGCAUCAAACUCUUUUAUGAAAUAUUAAUGAGCAUUAAAACUUUCAUUGGAUUUUAGAGAAUAAAUGUCAUCUUUGA